UCGCCACUGUGCCUGCCCACAGAUACAGAAGAUGGAGUCUCGCAGAUUUUCUAGCAGCCUUUCCUUGCUUGCAGCUCUGACAGUGCUGUGUCUCUGCAUGGGCGUGAGAUCACAACUAAGCACUAAUUUCUACGCAGAGAGCUGCCCUAAUGUGUUUAAGGUGGUGCGAGGUGAGGUUGCUGAUGCCCUUAAGAAGGAGGCGAGGAUGGCGGCUUCGCUGCUUAGGCUUCACUUCCAUGAUUGUUUCGUGAACGGCUGUGACGGCUCGGUUCUUCUUGAUGGGAGUGAUGGUGAGAAGUUUGCUUUCCCCAACCGAAACUCGGUGAGGGGAUUCGACGUCGUCGACUCCAUCAAGACUGCCGUGGAGAACGAAUGCAGUGAAACUGUGUCAUGCGCAGACAUACUCGCCAUCGCAGCAAGAGACGCAGUUGUCUUGAGCGGUGGCCCUUCGUGGAAAGUCCCCCUGGGAAGAAGAGAUGGCUUGGUGGCCAACCAAACAGGAGCUAACACUAACCUUCCUGCUCCAUUCCACUCCAUCAACACCAUCAAAAACAAGUUUGCUGCUGUUGGUCUUGACAUCACCGACGUCGUCGCCUUGUCAGGUGGGCACACCAUCGGCCGGGCACGGUGCUUGGCAUUCCGCAGCCGUCUCCUCAGCUUCUCCCCGACCAGUUCGGCGGACCCGUCGCUGGACUCGACCAUGGCUUCGGAGCUGCAGAGCCUCUGCCCGCAGGACGACGACGGCAGCACGGCCGCGGCGCUCGACCGCAGCUCGGUCAAUGCGUUCGACAACCAUUACUUCAGUAAUCUGCUGAACCAGAGGGGGCUGCUGCCGUCCGACCAAGGCCUGUUCUCCAGCGACGAGGGGGUGGCGACCACCAAGGAUUUGGUCGAGGCGUACAGCAAAGAUGCAGGUCUCUUCUUCAAAGACUUCGCCAACUCCAUGAUCAAGAUGGGCAACAUAAGCCCCCUCACUGGCUCAGUUGGAGAGAUACGUAAGAACUGCAGGGUGGUGAACUAAUCGAGAUGGC